GUUAGUUAACAGUUGUUUGAACAUAUUAGUUUUGUAAACAAGACUACUGACGUUUGGUUUCGUUCUUGAUAAUGAGAGUUCUGGUUUUGCCCUUGUUCGCCCUUUUUUACUCAUUCGUUGGUGCUGUUGAGUUACCAUUAACUCCGAAAACUUGUCAAGAAGUUUGCGUCACCAAAUUUGAUGGGGCUGAAGAAGAUGCGUGUUCCAGAGGUUGUGUCCUGUCAAACUUGAAUUCAUUGUUGGCAACAUUUACUUGUGAAGAAUCUUGUGAUGAUGUAUACAAGUCGGAUACAAAGUUGGUUGCUGCUUGCAAAGUAGGUUGUUGUGCAACUCCAAGUCACACAUCUGUUGGGUUCCUGCCAGUUCAAAACUUCUUUAGCACAUUCUUCGACAGGGUCCGUAAUUUAUUCGGUGUGAAUAACGGUUCGGGAGCCAGUGUGGAUACCAAAGCUAAUAAGGUAGAGAGCGACACUGAUUCAGAUUCCGGUAAUCAUGUGAUCAUAUCACGCGUUCGCAUUUUCCAUAACUUCGCUCCAUAUGACGCACAUGAAAAUCCACUGGAUUCACCAUUCAAUAUAAAACCACUCCUUAGUUUGCGUGAAAUUAUUCCACAGGAUGAUGAUGCUUAUUUCAAAGCUGUAAAAAAUAAUGAUAAGAGUGUUAUUCGUAUACAUACUGUCGGCGAUGAUGGUGAAUCAACCUUUUAUGAACACCAACCUACAUUUGUUAGAAAAGCUACUUACUUCUUCCGUCAUAUUAUGUUUCGACCACUUUUAUUACCAUUGCUUAUCGCAUUGUUGAUUGUGAUAUUAUUAUUAAUGGUGAAGUUAACUAUUCAAGCUUGUCGUGUUCGUGAACAUCGGCACAUAGAGUAUACUCGUUUACCAACAUAUGUUGAAGCAAUGAAUGUGAAGGUCCCAUUGUACGAAGAUGUGAUAAAAUGUGAGAAAUCAUCCGAAAAAGGCCCAAUGGAUGCCUAAUAUCUGCAAAUUAUUUGAGAAUAUUUUCGUUUUUUCAAUAUUUGUGAUAAACACAUUAUUCUGUUAUCAUCACCGUAACACACUCACUUGCUCAUGAAUGCAUUGGAGUAAAUACUCAAGUUCUCAUGUUUUGUCAUUAUCCCCUUAUUUUGACAGAUUUUCUGUUGUGUUGCUUUGAUCUAUGCUAUUGUGUUUGUCACUCCUCAAACACUAAGUUAAACAAUGAACUGAAACACGUUUUUUUGUGGCACUAUUUUAUAGACCAAAUCACUUCUUAUUUGUCUUGUUGCUCUCAUACUAAUAACUGUCAUCACCACUGGAUCUUUUUUUGUGAUCGCGUUAUUUUCAUAGACUGCUCCUUGUUAUUGUUGCUUCAAUAAAUAUCUUAUCAAAAUAUUGUAUUUUCCAUUUGAGACGGUAGCGAUUGAGAUGUGAUUUGUUUCUGUUAUCAUUUUGUACUAUGUUCAUCCGAAAUUAUGUUCAUUUGACUUACGAACUUAUAGUACAUUCGAGGCGAAAGUAAUUUAAAUGGAUGGAUCAGUAAUUUUCGGUGACAAAAGUUUUUCAGUAGAUUUGUUUGUUUCAUACACUUAUCUUAGUUUUAGUAUGAAGUGAAAACUUAUUGUGGCUAAAUAGAUAGAAUUAUUAAUAAUUUGUUUUGUUUCUUUCGCUACCUGCAUUUAUAUCUACAAAUAACUAAUCAUCAGUUGUAUCAGCGCAGAACAUUAUCAAUAUGGUUACAAGUUAACCUGUCUUAAAUGUAAUUAUGAAUAUAUAUAUACAUUAGGUUGUAAAUAAACGUUUUUUGUAAGUGCGCUGAAACUGACCCUCAAUCUAAUAUCAAAGUUUUGGGUUCAUUGACUGAGUUUUGUCAAUUUAUACCAAUUAUUGAAGUGUAAACGGAUAUAUUGUUCAAAUUAAAAAGUGGUUGUUUCUUCCGAUAUGCCAAUGAUCAGUUUUGUAGAACAUAUUCUCUAUUUAUAAACCGCUUAAAACUACUGUUAAGCCUGGAAGUCCGUUAGAGUAAAUCAAUCUAUUGAAGAAUCUGUUAGUUUUUUGUUAAGUGCAUAAUUAGUGGGCAGUGUUAUAUGAUUCUUUGAACUCGGAGUUAUUGAUCGACAUCGUUUGAGAUAGCUCAUUCAUAUUUUAUGUGCUGUGAUUUUUUGUAUGCUUUUUGAUUUCAUCCGUAAGGGAUAGUGUUAAAUUUUUCACUUGAAUCCACAAAAUGACGGGUAUUGUUAGUUCGUGACUUUAAGUGACUUUAGGUAAUAUAGCUAUGAAUUGGUAGCAGUGACGAAUAUGAAAGAGUGGCAGUUGAUAAACACCAGGCACCUGUCUAGUUCUAUUUGAUUUUAACUGAAACUCUAGCUGAUCUUAGUCUGUAGUUGAGACUGACCUCAGUUUGAAAAAAGUUUUCUGCCUUAGUAACGAUUCUUGAUACUUCUUAUUCUUAAUACUCGUUUAGUACCAUUUCUAUUACUUUAUAAUGUGGGUUAAUUUAAUUAAACCACUUCCAAUGGAAACCAACGGAAUACCAACACUGAAAUCCAAUGCAUAUCUGACAGUUGUCUUAUACCACCUAUGAGGCAUUGCAGUCAAUCUAUGUGAAGAAUCUACUUAACUAUCUUACCUCAUAUUGUUGAAUUAUUAAGAAUCAUUUUUUAUGUCAUUCUACGUGUUCUAGUUCGUUUCUUACUUAGAAUAACACUGAUCUGAUCAUAGUUGAAAAAUUAAGUAGUAAUUUGGGAAACCAUGAUGCCAUGGAAUUACUUUCUAGUUGUGAUUUUUCUAGGUUGAAAAAUCAAGAAAGAAUUGUAGGAGAAAUUAAUUUCUUACAGUAAUAUUAUACAUAGGAGAGAAUGAAAGUGUCGAUCCUCACAACUUAGGGCUUAACACCAGACGCAAUUAAGGAGAUAGUUUUAAAUUCUUUACAAAACAAGUUCUUUGUAAAGCAGACAAUCGUAGUGUAUUAGAAAGAAGACCGGAAGUUUUAAAUAAAAGAACAACGUGAUUGGUAAGAGUAAAAACAACUUUCUAAAAAGUCAUGUUUUUGUGGAUAAACAUUUCGUAAAUCGCAUGCAUAUUAUGUAGUUUCAUGAAAUAGAAACCUCGAAAGUGGUGGCUUUAUGAUUGCUAAUUUCGCUCAGCUAUUUCGACGCAUGGUAGUAUUUAAAUAUUUAAUCUAGCAACC